GUGUUUUGUUUUUUUUUUAAAUAUAUUUUGCUAAACGGCUACGACGAGCGCUUAGGGGCGAGGCAAGCGCCCGGUUGGUUUAUUCACCUUCCCACUUGCUAACUAAGCAGCGUUGAACCUGUGAGGAAUCGACAGCAGCAUGCCCGAAAUCGAGAUCAAGCACGUCGUGUCCUGCAGCACCGAGGACACUACUCACAAGGCAGACAACCUGCUGAGCUCUGACACCUACAGGAAGUGGAAGGCAGCUAGACCUGGGGAGAAGCAGACAUCAGUUAUUCUACAGUUCGAGAAGGAGGAGCAGGUGCACAGCAUCGAUAUCGGAAAUGAAGGCUCAGCUUUCAUCGAGGUGUUAGUCGGGAAUUCCUCAGCUGUCAGAGACCAGGACUAUGAGGUUCUUCUGGUGACCUCUUCCUUCAUGUCCCCAACGGAGAGCCGCAAUGGCACCAACAUGAACCGGGUGCGUUUCUUUGGGCCCAACCAGCUGCAGAAGAGCACAGCACAGGAGAAGUGGGACAGAGUGAAAAUUGUGUGUAGCCAGCCAUACAGCAAGAACAUAGCAUAUGGACUGGCCUUUGUGAAGUUCCAUUCACCACCUGACAAAAAUGAUCCUCCUGCAACAACUUCCCCAAAACUGACAAAGCUUGGACAGUUCAGGAUGAAGGAUGAGUCCCCUUCAUCUGGGCCCAGCCUUCAACCUGGCAGUCUCUUCUUCAGUCGGGACAAUGCAACAAAAUCCAGUACUUCGCUCAAAGUGUCUCCCCAGAGUGAGAAGUUGAGUUACGCUGCUGCUGCCCUGCAGGCUAGUUGCACCGCUCAAUCGUCAGGCCAAGCUUCCUCCUACAACUCUGCCUCACCACAGCCACCAGCAAAAAGAAAAUUUGAGUUCAGCAAAGAGCGGCAGUCUGCCCCUGGCCCUCCCCCUUUGAAGAAAAUAAGCCCGGCUGGCUCACCUGAGGGCAAAGCCGCGACCCCCAAACACAAGCCCAACCCAGCCAGCACGCCAAGUCCUAGUGCUGCGAAAGCUUCCCUGGCUCAGAAGUCUGCUGACAAGAAGAGGCAGAGUCAGUCCAAAUCCGAACCUAAACCCAAACAACAGAAAACAAAAUCCCAGGACGCACAGCAGGUCCCAUUCAACCGGAUCAUGGAGGGAGUGGUGUUUGUCCUCAGUGGCUUCCAACAUCCAUUCAGAGGCGAGCUGAGGGAAAAGGCUCUGGAUAUGGGAGCCAAGUACCGGCCUGACUGGAUGCCCGACUCCACACACCUUAUCUGUGCCUUCGCUAACACCCCCAAGUACAGCCAGGUGAAAUCAUCUGGGGGCAUCAUCGUACGGAAGGAAUGGGUGUUGGACUGCCAUAAGAGGAAACAGAAGAUCUCCUAUAAACGGUAUUUGAUGGAUGGAGCAGAGUCGAGCUCGGAGAGCGAAAUGGAUGUGGACGACGAGAGUGAAGAGGAAAUUAACACACAGACACCAGAGAAGAGGAGCGAAGAGGAUGAAUAUGCCGGCUCCACUGAUGUGGAUGAACCAGGUGGAGGGGAUGAUGAUGAUGAAUCUGCCGUGGACACGGAGGACGAGCUGCAGAGAGUGGAGAAGGAGAACAGACGGAAGAAAACAGCAGCAGAAGCAAAGAUGGUGAAGGACGAGGAUCCAUAUGGGGGGUCGACAGAUGAAAACACAGACGCUGAGGCUGAGGAGGAACAUCCCAUCCCUGAGCUGCCGGACUUCCUGAGCGGGAAGCACUUUUUCCUCUACGGUAAAUUCCCUAACAAUGACAGACGCCUACUGCUGCGAUACAUCGUCGCCUUUAACGGGGUGAUCGAGGACUACAUGACAGAGAAGGUGCAGUUUGUUGUGACCAGUGAGGGCUGGCAUGAAUCUUUUGAAGACGCGCUGAUGGAGAACGGCAAUCUGAACUUUGUCAAACCCGCAUGGAUCUACGCAAUCAAUGAACGACAAAAGAUCUUGCCCUAUCAACCCUACUCUGUUGUCCCCUGAACAAUACACUAUGUACACACACAGGUGUGCGCAGACACACACUCAAGACUUCACAUCCUGACGAAGAAACAGUGGGGAAAGCCAUAGACAUUUUUUUGGGGUCUUUUUCAGAUUCACCACUUGACUUAAAAGAAGCAAUAAACCAAUUCUAGUUCAUUGAUGACUUUAUACUUGUUAUUCAUGAAAUGUCUUCAGUCCCUGUCUAGUUUACAUAAAAGCAAAGUUUUCACUACAGAUGCUCUCACCUUUUGGCCAAGCUAGGAAAAGAUGUCUAUUUAAAUGGUGUCUGUUGAGGUUAAUAUUAGGCUUAAGGUUUAGUUUUAUUUUUAGCCUUUUAUUUGCAGCUUGUUAGCCCUAGCUUGGCCAUAAAGUAACAUCAUCAUCAGUGUGCUUCUCAGUCUCUUUGGCAUUAUGCACAAAGCGCACGCUCUCUGAUUCAGGACUCGUUUGAAUUUCUUGGUUCCCUUUCGUGCAGUUUGCUGCUGCUCACCUCGGCUACCUCAGGCUCCGUCUGGAGAUGAGUUAUCACCCUGUCCUGACAGCCAGUGGCGCUGGUAAGACUUGUAACUUUUGUUAGCGAGUAGACUAUUGUGAGACCAGCCCAAAGUCAGGUAAAAGGUGCCAGUUAUUGAAGGCUGCACCGACCAAAUGCAAAAAUUAGGGCAAAAAAAUUGUGAAAAUGAAAAUGAAGACUGGGGGGGGGGGGGCUUUGUUUGUUUCUCUCCUUUUUAUUUUUUAUUAAAUGCCGUGAGUUGUAAAGUGAUGGAUUUCUGUGUGUUCUUAAAGUUUGAUAAAUCUGCAUUUGUGAUUUGGUUUUAUUUAUGUUAAAAAUGACAAGUGAUGGACAGGAUUGACAGAUGUGCGGAUGUAAAACGGGCGUCAGUGUUUUGCGACUUAAAUCCCGUGGAAAUGUCGGGCUCACUAUCUACUGUGGUUUGCUCACUUGUCCAAAGCAGCGUGUUUGAGUCUAUCUUUCCCUUUUUUUUUCUAAAAGUACCUAAUUAUUUUGUCUAAAUAAAAAAAACAAAGAUUGUUAA